CUAAUGCGCAACAAAAAAGCGCUUGCUUUUUUUGUUGUAUUUGUGCUUAUAAAUUUUGCUGUAUGCCAGGAUCAAGGUAGUUUCUGUCCACAAGAGUGUGUGUGCUACAGGGAACUUACAACAGUCAAAUGUCAGGAAUCGUCAUUAAACGAUUUACCUUCAAUACCAAAGGACUUAGCCACUCAGGUCGAAGUCCUGGAUAUGUCAAGAAGUAGGAUCCCAAAACUGAAAUCAAACUCAUUAGCACAUUUCCCAAGACUCAAGCGACUAAUUCUUCGAGGUAGCAAUAUCAAAGACAUCGAGCUCAAUGCGCUUGAAAAAGCUCCCGCAUUAGAGGAUCUUGAUUUAAGGGAGAAUGAUUUGAAAACCCUACCAAGAGAAGUUUUCCACAAAAACAAGUUAAAAACAUUAUAUCUUGAAAGAAACCCUUUUUCGUGUGACCCUUCAUUGGUAGAAGCAUUGAUUUCACUUGUCAAGUAUCUCACAAAUGAAAAUAGUGGUUUAGAAGAAUUUGAUGGCGAACUACUGCGAUGUGCAGAACCUCAAUACAUGAAAAAUGUCAAACUAAUCAGUAUCAUAGACGCAGAUGCCGAAAAAACCUCCACAACUCCCCAUGGAAAUAUUGCAAUAAAACCAAUGACAAUUGUAGGCAUAGUAAGUGGAGUUGUUGGGCUUGCCAUCUCUGCAAUUGGUGCUGCAUUUAUCACAAUGAAACAAAAGAAGUCACAAAAUAAAUACCAUUAUGAUUUCCUAACAUCUGCCGAAGAAGAAGAAGAUAAUCCUCAUCCUAAGAACAACAAGACUGAAGAAAGCUUAGCAUCAAGAUUGAUAAAACAACGAAGGCAAUCCCAAGGCUACCCCUCCCAGGACAUAAUUGACUCUGAUGAAGAAGAAGCAGUUGAUCAAGAGAGUUACAUCAAAGAGAAAUUAAAAACACAAAGACGGCAUUCUAUGGGAUAUGCCUUAGGCAAUGAAAGUGAUGACAUGGWGGAGAUUAAUUUAGAGGCUCCUUGAUGUCAAUCUUUGACAUACAGUAUUUGAUAAUAAAAUAUCAGCAGUCUCUGUCAGUUUAAUGRUGUAAUCAAAGAAAAUCCUUUGUUCACAUAUCAUUAUUCACAAUGUGUCCUUUUAAUAAUAUGAUUGAAAAAAUAUUCAAUAAUUCUAGAGCUUUGUUAUUUUUAUCUGCUUUCCCUGUCCUGUCUCCUGUUGCUUGUUAUAAGACCUUGGUUAUUGACCAGGAUCUCUUGACAYGCUUAAUGAUGUAAAACUAGCCAAUAAAUCAUGCACUUCAUCAAUCUGAAAAGGAAUAUUGAAUAAAUAAUGUAUGGUUAUGAUUUUACAUUAAUA